AUUUUGUUUCAAAUAAAAUAAAAACAAGCACUACAUUAAGCCAUGUUUUCCUGGAUGUUUAAAUCUGUGUUUUGGUAAGUUAAAUGUUGCCUUUUUUAGUAGUUUUAAAGCCUUUUAAGCCAUAGCAAUACAAGCAUUGCAUUACUGCACUGUACAGAUGUACACAUUUAUUAAAACCAUUGGAAACUCAUUUUGAGUUGCAGACAUUUCAGGCUUACCAACCGCCUCCCUUUCCAAGGGGUUCAGAACUAUCAAGUUCUACUACAGUUUCUUUUUAAAGCAUGAUGGCAGGUACUGCAGUUUCUUUUUAAAGCAUGAUGUCAGGUACUGCAGUUUCUUUUUAAAGCAUGAUGGCAGGUACUGCAGUUUCUUUUUAAAGCAUGAUGGCAGGUACUGCAGUUUCUUUUAAAGCAUGAUGUCAGGUACUGCAGUUUCUUUUUAAAGCAUGAUGGCAGGUACUGCAGUUUCUUUUUAAAGCAUGAUGGCAGGUACUGCAGUUUCUUUUUAAAGCAUGAUGGCAGGUACUGCAGUUUCUUUUUAAAGCAUGAUGGCAGGUACUGCAGUUUCUUUUUAAAGCAUGAUGGCAAGUACUGCACUAAGGGGUUCAUUUGAUCAACAUGCAGCACUGGUGAGUCCCCCAGGAUUGCAUCAACCACCAGUUCUAGGUUAUCACGGGAUUACCUCAAACAUACCCUAAGUGUAUGAAAUGCACAACUGGUAAGAUGUGUUAGUUGUUUUGAUAGCUACAGCUACUUUACUACUUAUGUUAAUUUACAACACUUUAAUUAAGAAGGAAAGAAAGUAAGAGUUUUUAAAAUUAUUAUUAUUUUAUGGUGAAGCUUUAAUUAAUGGUUGAAUUUUGCAAGGAUGUGAAAAGUUCUUGCUCACUCACACCCAAUGGUUUCUUUCUAAUAAAUAAACGACGACCCUAAUUAGAUUGUAUUUUAUUUCACAUAAGCCUCAAGUUAAAACCAAACAAAACAAACAAACAAACAAACAAAAACUUUUAGUUUCUUAUACCAAACCCGCCUCUGUCCUUUGUGCCCUGAAAUGGAGGUAGAAGGCAAGAAUAUUUCCUGCUGGAGUUAACAAUACUUUGAGACUGUUUAAGCCCUGAUCUGCUGCAGAUAUUGUACUGUCUUUCAAAGCAAACCCCUUGAGUUAACGCGGGGCAGGGUGCGCACUCCUGUUUCCAGAGACGCUGUCCAAGGUUCUGAUAUCCAGCCCGGUGUAGGACGCCCAAAACACUACACAGUAUAACACACUCUAGAGUUUUUUUUUAAUGUAAGUUGAUAACACUCUAGAGUGUAAUGAGGGUACGUUCAAAACACUCUGCUACGCUUUUAAUUCACGUUCAAAACACCCUCUUUCAAGACCAAAACACUAUAGCUACGUAUGCCAAAAACACUCCCCUGUAACACAAUCAAAUCAGUAAACAAUGUAAUACUAAUAGUACAUAUACCAUAUUUUCAAAUCACUGCUUAAAUAAAUAAACCAACUACAUUUAAUACAUUUAGCCUGUUAGUUUUAUUUCGUCAAUGUGUUUUGUUGUUAGUAACCUAUAUAUAUAUUUUCUUCUAAACAUGCGUUAAACGUGUGUGUAAUAAUAGUGCUAAUUAAAUGUGUCUAAACGAGACUAAAUUUUAUUAUUAUUAUUAUUUAUUUCUUAGCAGACGCCCUUAUCCAGGGCGACUUACAAUCGUAAGCAAAUACAUUUCAAGUGUUACAAUACAAGUAAUACAAUAAGAGCAAGAAAUACAAUAACUGAAUAUGAAUGUCAUUCUGUAUUUUUUUCAUUAAAAAAUUAUAUACAUAAAAAAUAUUCAAAACAUGUUGUAUAGCGAAAAACAUUGUAAUCCCUCGAGAAUGACUGUUGUUUUGGAAGCAAAAUAACUUAAAACAGUAUGCUAGAAAUAAGGUCAACCGUUAAGCAUAGAUUCCAAUUUACUGUGUGCGUGAGUGUCUGCGCGCGUGUGUGUUUCUGGAUGCAGUACUGUGUGUUUUUUUUUUAAAUGUGUAUAUAGUUAAUUUGGGUAAUUUUUAUUUUUUUGUUUGCUUUGUAUUUCAACUCUGUAUUUUUGAUAUGCAAUACGUUUGUACAGUUACAGUUUCUAUUGGUAAAUUGCUAUGUUGGUUAAUUCGGUUAGGGGAAACGUUAAAAAACGUUUGGUGAAAUACAAAUGUAAUAACAUAACUGUAAAAAUGUACGUAAAUGCUUUGAACGUAAUGUACUGUAAAGUGUUGUGCGCCUAAGAGUGCUUUUAAAGUAAUAAAUGCUUUGAACGUAAUGCAUAGAGUAUUUUGAGCGUGAGUGUUUUGAAAAUACUGUAGCGAAUGCAUUUAGUCUGCUGAAUGCGCACCGGUGUGUAAUUUGUGUUGAUUGAUUUAUUGGGGAGGGUGUAUUGCAUGGGAGAGAAAGAAAGCCAGAACAAUGGCGAUCGCUUGUUUUGAAUGAGAGUUGAGAACAGAGGGGACUGGAGAAGACCGUGAGACGAGUGCCAGUUGCAGAGCUGCUGAGAAAGCCGAAUGUGGAAUACUAGCUUGGACGGGAACCGACAUGAAUAAUGACUCCAGAGACAUGGGAUCUGGACAUGAACCCACACGUAACCAAACUACUCCAGCGCCACGGCCAACAAUGAACGAGACUUCUUCAGCGUUUCAAGGUCUACAACUCAUCCAGCAAAUCAAAGCUCUCCUCAUUCCCCUGUACGCUGCUAUUGUCAUCAUAGGAAUAGUAGGCAACUGCCUUUUGGUAUUCGUGAUUGUCAGAAUAAAGAAAAUUCACAAUGUAACCAAUUUCCUAAUAGGGAAUCUAGCCGCUUCAGACGUCCUGAUGUGUACGACUUGUAUCCCUCUGAAUUUGGCGUAUGUGUAUGAGCCGAGAGGGUGGCUCUUUGGCAAUGCAAUGUGUUACUUCGUUCUCUUCAUGCAGCCGGUAUCUGUCUACGUCUCUAUUUUCACUCUAACAGUCAUCGCAGUAGACCGCUACUUUGUGAUCGUGCACCCGCUGCGCCCUAGAAUCUCCCUGAAGUUAAGUGCCUAUCUGAUGCUAUUAAUUUGGAUCGUCGCCUGCUGCUUGGCGGUCCCAGCCAUGGCAAACACAUACUAUUUAGAACUGAAAGAUCAAGGGAUCACGAUCUGUGAAGAGUUCUGGGAGAAAAAGGAAAACCAACGACAGGCAUAUGCCUUUUGCUUGUUGCUCCUAACCUAUUUUUUGCCUCUGCUAGUGAUACUAAUAUCUUACGUCCGAAUAUCCGUCAAGCUGAAGAACAGAGUCAUGCCCGGGAGUGUAACGCAGACGCAGGCACACUGGGACAAGGCCAGAAAGAAAAGGACUUUUAGCCUCCUCGUGAUAGUUGUCAUCGUGUUCGGUAUCUGCUGGCUGCCCUUGCACGUAUUCAACCUCGUUAGGGACAUUAACAUUCGCAUAAUAAGCAAGUAUUACUUUAACUUGAUCCAGCUGUCCUGUCAUUGGUUUGCCAUGAGCUCGGUGUGCUACAACCCGUUCAUAUAUGCAUGGCUGCAUGACAGUUUCAGGAAGGAACUAAAGAAGGUCUUCAUUUGGAAAAGAAAGGUUGCUCCGUACGGACACAGCGUUACUGUGAGUGUGGUUUUGUAAUAGGAAGAAUACUUUGAAAUGUAUCAAAGAUACAUUAUGCAACUAUAAUACAAAGAUGUAUUAUAACAUGUGGGCAAUUUAAAAUGGUAUGUAUACGAAGAGUUAAAAACAAACUGAAAAUGUAAAUCUUUAUUUUAUGGUAAUUAAAACAUUUCAAUAAUAAGAUUGUCUAUGUGAUUCACUCAUACCCAAUGAACUUUUAAUUAUA